AUGUUUGGCAAGUUUAAGGGCCUCUUGAGUGGCCCACAGAUGCCAGCUACUUCUGGGACCACCAGCGCAACCACUGAUCCAGCUCCUGCUCCUGGUCCAGCUCCUGGUCCAGCUCCUGCUAAGGAUGAGAAGCCAGCCGAUAAGGAGAAUGAGGCCAAGACAGCGGACAAACCGCAGGACAGGCUGACGUUAAAACAGUAUCCCAGGCUGUUCGGGGUCUUACGGGGAGUUCAGGAAUACGUUCAACAGCCCCUGCCCCUGCUCCGGCCCCUGCUCCGGCCCCUGUUCCAGCUCCAGCUCCUACAUCAGCCCCAGCUAACCCUGACCAAGCUGAACCUGAAGGCAACAGCCCCUGCUCCGGCCCCUGCUUCGGCCCCUGCUCCAGCUCCAGCUCCUACAUCAGCCCCAGCUAACCCUGACCAAGCUGAACCUGAAGGACAAGAGGCAGCGCCCCCACCUCCACCCAUCGUCAUCAACAAGUAUUCAGAUGAGCAGCUCAGAGCCAUCGUUGUAAAGAUGAGAGAUAGACUGCAGCUCUACAAGGACAAAGUGGUCGAUCAUUAUGCUUCAUCCCCAGAGAUCAGCCCUCCUGUCACACCUCGGCUACUCAAAGACAAGUACACAAAAGUCAUAGAGGAGAGGAAAAGGCAAGCAGAAGAGGAUCGGAUAAAGAAGGAGGAGGCUGAGAAGAAGAAGAAAGAGGAGCAGGAGAAGAAAAAGAAGGAGGCUGAGCAGAAGAAGAAAGAAGAGGAGGAGAAAAAGAAAGCAGAGGCACAAGAGGAGAAAAAAGUGGAAAAGGACCUGAAGACCAAGCUAAAAGAAGCUGCCUGGUAUGGAGUGGAUGUUGUGCUGAAGCCAAUUGAGGACCAGAUGGACACUGUGCUGGGGAAGACUAUCGACCCUUUUACAGACCGUCGCUACAUCGCCUGGCUGAGCCUGGUGACUCUGGCCUUCAACUACAACACCUGGUUCAUCACAGCCCGCCUGUGUUUCCCGUACCACACUGAGACUGCCAUCACUUACUGGUUCAUCCUCGAUUCGCUGGCCGACCUCAUCUACCUCAUAGACUUCAUUGUCUUCCAGCCCCGCAAACAGUUUGUCAAAGGAGGAGACAUCAUAAAAGACAGAGUGAUGACGAAGAAGAACUACAGAGAAUCAGAAAGAUUCACGGCUGACAUGAUGUCCCUCAUGCCAUUUGACUUGCUGUAUCUCCAGUUUGGUUUCAAAUCCAUUUUCAGAGCCAAUCGUCUGUUGAAGGCAGAAACAUUUUUUGAGUUCAGUGACCGUCUGGAGAGCAUCAUGGCCAAGGCUUACAUCUGGAGAGUCAUUCGCACUAUCGGUUAUCUCCUCUUUAUGCUCCACCUCAACGCCUGCUUCUACUACGUGGCUUCAGACUACCAGGGCAUCGGGAAAACCAAAUGGGUGUACUCUGGUAUUGGUAGUGCGUACCUGCGUUGUUACUACCACGCUGUCCGCAGUCUGAUCAACAUCGGGGGUCUUAACGAACCCCAUACGGUCUUUGAGAUUACCUUUCAGAUGACUAACUUUUUCAUUGGCGUCUUUGUGUUCUCCAGUUUGAUUGGACAGAUGAGGGAUGUCAUCGGUGCAGCCACAGCUGGACAGACCUAUUUCAGAUCCUCCAUGGACAGCACCGUGGACUACAUGGUGACCAACCGAAUCCCAGCCUUGGUGCAGAACCGAGUCCGCACCUGGUACACCUACACCUGGGAUGCUCAGGGCAUGCUGGAUGAGUCUGAGCUGCUGGAUAAGAUGCCUCUGGUGAUGAGAACUGCCAUCGCUGUUGACAUCAACCUGGCAACCUUUCAGAAGAUUGAUCUUUUCAAGGGCUGUGACCAGCAGAUGUUGGUAGACAUGUUACUAAGGCUCAAGUCCAUCAUCUAUCUACCAGGAGACUUUGUCGUGAAAAAGGGUGACAUCGGUAAAGAGAUGUACGUCAUCAAAAGUGGAGCGGUGCAGGUGGUGGGAGGACCUGACAACAGUAUAAUUUUUGUCACACUGAAGGCUGGCUGUGUGUUUGGAGAAAUCAGUCUGUUGCAGUCAUCCAAAGAUGGAGGUAACAGGCGGACAGCUAACGUCAAAGCCUACGGAUUCGCUAACCUCUUUGUUUUGGAGAAGAAAGAUCUGUUUGACAUCCUGGUCCACUACCCGGAGUCUCAAAAAGUGUUGGCAAGGAAGGGAAGGAAACUAAUGAAGGCGAAGGGUCCCGCAGCAGCUAAAGUAGAAGAGGGGAAGAAGAAAGGACUGGCGCUCUUUGGUCCCAAACCGCCCACACCCAAACUGAUACGUGCUGUCGGUGGAGGUACAACCAAAACAUUCAUUGAGAAAUUGAAGAAUGCUGCUGGAGGCCAGUGAGGAUGGAGCUUAUUUCUUUUUUUUUAUAACUCCUUUUUGGGAGUCAAUGUACAGUUUUUCUUUCAACCUCUUACUUUUGUACCGAGUGUCAUUUUAAGAUGUUGCUUCUGUCAUUUCUGUUGCUCUGUUGUUUUUUGGUUGGGCAAGCUUGGAGCGCUAAUCAAGCAGGGUUGUCCACGUCCACAAGACAUUAAUGUAACACAAAUUAUCUAAGAUAAUCAUGUGGAAAAGUGAAUUUUAAACACCUGUUAGGUGACAUUUAUAUUGUCUCAUGUGACACAUUCCAGCUAAUUCGGAUUGAAAGCAUCAUAAAUGUAUUUAAACACAGAUUUCCAAACUAUUUUGAUGAGAGGUGCAACAUUUCAAUCUGUAAAUCACAAUUACUGCCCCUGGUGGACACGGCUUGUUGUAUAUAUUGUAUACUUGCAUACUGAGUGUAAUUCACUUAUUUUUUUUCUUGCCUGCUCAUAUUGGUUG